AUGGCGGAGGUGUCUUGGCGCCCCGUGAGCGUGGACGUGGGCUGGGGGACGCUGCGAGGCAAGAUCUGCACGGUGGGCGGGGGAGACACGCCCACGCUGAGGGUGGUGGGCGUCCACGGGUGGCUGGACAAUGCCAACUCGUUCGACACGCUGGUGCCGCUUCUGCCGGCGGGCGUGGAGGUGCUGGCCCUCGACCUCCCCGGGCACGGCCUGUCGGACCACCUGCCCCUCGGCACGCACUACAACCCCUUCACGUACGCCUUCAACCUGCGGGCGGCCGUGGCGGGGCUGGACUGGACCCGCUUCGUGGCGAUGGGCCACAGCAUGGGCGCCGCCGUGGUCAACUACUUCACGGCUCUGUUCCCCGAGUUCGUGGAGGGCGUGGUCAACGUGGACUUCCUGCGGCCGUUCCACCUGCAGGAGCCCGUCGACCGCUGGCGCACCUACGCCUUCGACCUGUUCAAGUACGAGCAGUUCGAGCCGGGCGCAGGGACCGUGUAUUCGGAGGCGGAGGCCAUCGACCGCCUCGUGGCCGCCAGGGUCAUCGGCAACGACGACGAGGUCAACGUGGACCGCGAGGCCGCGCAGACGCUGCUGCCCCGCUCUGCGCGCCGCGUGGAGGGCGGCUACGUGUGGGGCCACGACCCGAAGGCGCGCACCACCUUCCUCACCGUCUUCGGCGGCCGCAACUGGAUCGAGGCCAUCGCCACCAUCAAGUGCCCCGUCCUGGCGGUGGUGGCCACCAGGGGCGUGUGCACCAUGCCCGAGCGCUUCUACACCCGCGUGUUGGAGACGUACAGCGCGAAUGCGGCGCGUUUCUCGCGCGAGGUGGUGGAGGGCGCGCACCACGUGCACCUCACGCACCCGGAGCGCGUGGCGCCCGCCGUCGUGCGCUUCCUGGGCGAUCUUCAGGGGCGCGGAAGGCGCGCCGCCAGGGCCAGGCUUUGA